AUGAAUUUCACCGACACUUGGUCACUACCUGUAGGGGGCAUACUCCCCUACACUGUCGGCCUCCUCGUCGCCUGGCCAGUAGUAACCAUAACCUUACGGUUCCAGCGCCUGCGCAACCUCUACAAGCAAUAUGACUACCCAACACGUGAAUCGAUGUCCAAAAUGACCGACGAAGAAGCCUUCCAAAUCCAAAAACAAGUCGCGCAACUAGAAUUCCCCUUCAUGUUCAUCAAGAGCUUACAAUUCGCCUUGUUCCGGACCUACGGCAUCCCCUCUAUAUCCACCCUCCUCGCAAAAACAAGCGAAUUCUCCGACCCGCAAACCUCCCUGAAGCGGUAUACAGAUACCAGCGUCCUCGUACAGGAAAUGGUUGGCAACAACCCAGCUUCCGAACGCUCAUACCUCGGUCUCGCCCGCACGCGCUACCUGCACAGUGGGUACAGGGCCUCCGGUAAAAUCCUCGAUGACGAUAUGCUGUUUACCCUAGCGCUGUUUGCGCUCGAGCCGAUUCGGUUCAUCAAUCGAUAUGAGUGGCGCCAGCUGAGUGAUCUAGAGCGCUGUGCUAUCGGGACUUUUUGGAAGAGUGCGGGUGAUGCCCUUGAUAUUAGCUACGAGAAGUUGCCGUCUGGUAAGACUGGGUUCCGGGAUGGGAUUCAGUGGCUCGAGGAGAUCGAUGCUUGGAGUGAGGAGUAUGAGGCGAAUUGCAUGGUACCCCAUGCUAAGAAUCGUGAGGUAGCGGAUGGGACUACUCCUGUGCUGCUUUACAUGCUGCCUACGAUGUUCCAUCCGUUUGGGUUGCAGUUUGUUUCGUUUAUGAUGGAUGAUAGGCUUAGGAAGGCGAUGCUUUACGACGCACCCCCCGCAUUCUCCGCAGCACUCUUCUCGGUGGUUCUCACGACCCGCAGGCUAUUCCUCCGCUACCUAUCUCUGCCACGACCGUACUUCAUGCGCUACGCCUCGUUCACCGAGGAGCCGGAUCAAAAUAACCGCUUCUUCCUCAAAAAGUGGGACGCCGCGCCGUAUUAUGUCAAGCCCACGUUUUGGAACCGUUGGGGCCCGACGGCAUGGUUGACUUGGGCUCUAGGGAAGCCUGUGCCUGGUGAGGAGGGGGAUAAGUAUUAUCCCACUGGAUAUAACAUUCCGGAUGUUGGACCGAAGUAUUUCGAGGGCAAAGGGAGGAAGCAGUUGGAUGAAACUCUGUUGGAGUUCAAGGGGUAUCGGACUGGGAAAUGUCCUUUUCAUUGA